AUGUGUUGUCGCCGUUUUUUCGGGGCCGACUCAGUGUGCUGCCUGUCAAGCAGUGAGCAGCAACCACACGGACAAAGUGACGAAGAGACGGGCGAGACGGAGAGACGACAGAUAAUCGUCCAAGCUCAGAGAUCACCAGCCUCACUACACCUCUCAGUUUCAGGUCCCACUGCUGAUUCCGUUUCCUGACAUGGCUGCCACAACGCCAAUCUCUGCGGAGGAGCUGGAGGAACUAAGAGAAGCUUUCGCCAAGAUUGAUGUGGACAACAAUGGCUUCAUCAGCAAAGACGAGCUCAAUGUGCUGUUCAAGGCCGCCAACCUGGCACUGCCGGGGUACAGGAUCCGAGAGCUCGUCCAGGAGUUUACCAAGAACAGCGACCAGCUCACCUUUGACGAGUUUACUAAUAUCGUCCAUGGCCUGAAGAGCACUGAGGUGGCAAAGACCUUUAGGAAAGCCAUCAAUAAGAAGGAGGGAAUCUGUAAUGUGGCAGGAACCUCAGAGCAGUCCGGUACUCAGCACUCCUACUCAGAGGAGGAGAAGGUGGCCUUUGUGAACUGGAUCAAUAAAGCUCUGGAGAAGGAUGGAGACUGUAAACAUGUUCUGCCCAUGGAUCCCAACACCAAUGACCUGUUCACUGGAAUGGGAGAUGGCAUCGUUCUCUGUAAGAUGAUCAACCUCUCUGUCCCUGACACCAUCGAUGAGAGAACCAUCAACAAGAAAAAGCUCACACCUUUCACCAUCCAGGAGAAUCUGAACCUGGCUCUGAACUCUGCGUCAGCCAUCGGUUGCCAUGUGGUGAACAUCGGAGCUGAGGACCUGAAGGAGGGCAGGCAGCACCUGGUCCUGGGUCUGCUGUGGCAGGUCAUCAAGAUUGGACUGUUCGCUGACAUCGAGCUCAGCAGGAAUGAAGCUCUGAUUGCACUGCUGCGUGAUGGAGAGAGUCUGGAGGACCUGAUGAAACUUUCCCCAGAGGAGCUGCUGCUGCGCUGGGCCAACUAUCACCUGGAGCAGGCUGGAGCUCCCAAAGUCAACAACUUUAGCUCCGACAUCAAGGACUCCAAAGCCUACUACAACCUCCUGGAGCAGGUGGCACCCAAAGGUGAUGAGGAGGGAAUCCCCCCCAUCGCCAUCGACAUGACAGGACUCAGAGAGAAGGAGGACCUGAAGAGGGCAGAGUGCAUGCUGGACCAGGCUGAGCGGCUCGGAUGCAGACAGUUCGUCAUGCCCACUGAUGUCAUCCGUGGCAAUCCUAAACUCAACUUGGCUUUUGUUGCCAAUCUUUUCAAUAAGUAUCCAGCUCUGAAGAAACCAGAGAACCAGGACAUCGACUGGAGCUCCAUUGAAGGUGAAACCAGGGAAGAGCGUACCUUCAGGAACUGGAUGAACUCUCUGGGGGUCAACCCUCGUGUCAACCACCUCUAUGCAGACAUUGAUGACGCCCUGGUGAUCUUUCAGUUGUACGAAAAGAUCAAGGUGCCAGUUGACUGGGACAGAGUCAACAAGCCUCCCUACCCUAAACUGGGCAGCAACAUGAAGAAGCUGGAGAACUGUAACUAUGCAGUGGAGUUGGGCAAGAAGGAGGCUAAAUUCUCUCUGGUCGGCAUCGCAGGUCAGGACCUGAACGCAGGGAAUCGAACCCUCACCCUGGCUCUGCUCUGGCAGCUCAUGAGGAGGUACACCCUGAACAUCCUGGAGGACCUAGGUGAUGGGCAGAAAGUGGUUGAUGACACCAUCGUGUCCUGGGUCAAUGGGACGCUCACACAAGCAGGCAAACCCACCAUCUCCAGCUUUAAGGAUGGGUCCAUCAGCACCAGUAUGCCAGUCCUGGACCUGAUUGAUGCCAUCCAGUCCGGAUCAAUCCGGUACGACCUGCUGAAGACAGAAGACCUGACUGAAGAGGAGAAACUCAACAACGCAAAGUACGCCAUCUCCAUGGCGAGGAAGAUCGGCGCCCGGGUGUACGCGCUGCCUGAGGAUCUGGUGGAGGUCAAACCCAAGAUGGUGAUGACAGUGUUCGCCUGCCUCAUGGCACGUGGCAUGAAGAGAGCAUGAAGAUCAUAAUGAUCCACCUCAUCAACCCGUCAUCAGUGUCCUACAAGGACAAAGGUUGAGGAAAUGAAAAAAGAAAAAAGAAAAAAAAAAAGAAAAAAAGGUUUUAGGCUUAUGCAGAGGAUCAGCUGUGUAUUUGUCAUUUUGAACAAGACAGUUGGUCUUCAUUUUGCUGGGUAAAGGGAAACAUUACUUCUAUACAAAUAAAGAUUGAUUGACUUCAGGUACGUCAUGGUUUGUCUCGCAUCUCAGUUUCCUAAAUGUGAAGAUUUACUGGUUCAGUUUCAUGUCACUGUAAGUGUAACUGAUGUGUAACAAAUAAACAGAUUUUUUUUU